CCCCUUUAACUCGGCAGCUGUCGUCACAGCAGGAUGACUCGUAUAUUUUGCGACAGGACGGACAAGCACCGGCUCGCGAUGGAUGCCUCAUCUCCGUUGGUGUAAAUGCUUUAUCGUGGGAAAAAAAGAAAACCAAAAUAAACCCCGUGCGCUUCCGCCAAAUGUUUAUAAUGUGAUGCAAUGCUCCAAUAGCCUGAGAGUCAAACACAGGUCGUCUUUUUAUGUUUUUGAGGAUGAAGACGUCGUGGUGUUGCAUGUAAGGACCUGUUUCAUUUGAGGGAGAAAACACUGCUGAGUGGGAUUCACACAUCUCCUACUCCAGUAUGAGACCAAAUGAAGCUAACAGCCUCCCCAGAAGCUUCGCUCACUGAGGACUCCAGCCAGUAACUGGGUCUCCCAUGCUCUGCGCUGGGCUCCAGCAGCCCACCCAUGCCUGUGAUCCCCAUCCCCCGGCGGGUGCGCAGCUUCCAUGGCCCCCACACCACCUGCAUGCACUCAGCCUGUGGGGCAACACACACUUCCAAACUAGUUCGCUCCAAGUACAAUAACUUUGACCUCUACCUGCGCUCACGCUGCAUGUACAGCUUCCUCCGUUUCCUCCUCUACUUUGGCUGCAGCCUGCUGACCUCUCUGCUCUGGGUGGCGCUCUCUGCUCUUUUCUUCCUGCAGUACGUGAGCGUGCGUGUCCUCCUGCGGCUGCAGUACAAGCUGUCUGUCAUCCUGCUUUUGUUAGGCCACCGGCGGCUGGACUUUGGUGUGCUCAAUGACCUGAUCAUCUACAGCAUGCAGAUCACCAUGUUUCUGGUCGGGGGGCUCGGCUGGUGCUUUAUGGUGUUUGUGGACAUGUAGCUGAAAAAUUGUGCAACAUCAAAAAUGUACUGUAUGAGGUGGAUACUUUACAAGUUCAGCAUUGUGUGGUGAUAUGAGGCCACACACAUUUAGGAUGUUCUGUAGGACUGCUCUGUAUCCCACCGACCUGGAGUCAAACAGAAAUGUUUUACACCAGCUCAUAAAAUGCUGGUUUAAUAUCAGCUAUGAUAGAAUCGGUGUAACAGCUGUGUGAUGUUUAAGCCCCUGUGUGCAGGUUAAAGAUCACAGUGUACAGUCUUUUAAAAAUGGUGGUCCAUUAUAACUCCAAAGGGUUCUGAUGUUCAACAAUGAUGCAUCUAGUCAAAGUGAAUAUGAGAGACUUGUCAACAUAUUGGACUCUUUUAAGUGUCGAAAUCUGUCACGUCUACACACAUUUACACCGAUUUUCACCAAUUUUGAAGAGCAUCUUCCCAUUGCAUGGAAAAGUGACUUAUCAUAUGACUGAUGUGCAUUGUGGCAGUGUGAUGUAAGACAGUCAUUUGUGCCAAAAUAACAGGAGUUGGGUCCUAAAAGCAAAAGAGUAUGAUGAUUUUAGAUUAUGCUGUGUGUUAAAACAAUAUCAUGCACAUGUACCACAGAGAUGAAGCUGAUAUCGGUGGAUUAUGUGAUGUGUGUGUGAGUUGUGAUGUUUUGUUGAAAGGGUGGGGCAGGAUAGGGGAAAGGGCAUUGUGCAAGUGACCAACAACUUUUUUUGUAAAAUUAUUUAAUAAAUUUUCUGUUGAUGAAAUGUUUUGUGCUUCAGAAUGCGUGAGGAGUGAAUGUUGAUGGCUUGCAUGAUGGUAUGCCUCAAGCUGUGUCACAAGAGUGUGUGAGAGUUCAAA